CGGUCACGUAUUCUUUCAGCACAGGGAAACGGGUGUUUCGCGGUGGGGCCGCCCUGGUGCCAGCCAGCCAGCCUCGCACGCUGACGUGCUUGCGGCCAUCCGCGUCGAGCUCCAACGCCUCCAGGACUCUCCGUGCCCGUGGGAGGAAUUAGGCAUCCAGUCUGGGGCCGCAUGUGGGUCGACAAGCACCCGGGAGCUUCCACGAGGGAGCUUCUGCAAGAGGUCAGGGAACGCUCCGCAAGGAUUGCGGCCCUCCGCGCCCAGCUCGCUUCGGUCUCAUCUGCGCCGCCCCCGAAAGCCGCCGCGCCACUGGCCGAGGCGGCGCAGCCAGCGAGCAACCCGCAUGCUCCCUGUGGCCCCUUGGCGCCCUUCCCGUCGGCUCCUGCAGCGGCGGGGAGGGUGGGCCUGGGCGCGGCCCCUGCGCCGAUCGGUCUCCCGCCAGCAGGGGCCGCGGUCAGCCCGCAGACUCGGCGCCACGCAAAGCGACGCCUCGACAACCAGGCCGUGGAGGCGGCGCUUCUCCAGGAAGCCUGCUGCUCAGUGAGGCGGGGCUCCCUGCUGGACGAGGCGGCCCCAGUUGCGCGGCCAAAGGCUACGCUGGGCCAGCGCGAGG